AUCUCCAUUUUUUCAUUUUUACCAUGUUUAAUUUUCGGGCCAAGGCCAAGCUAGCUACGUCCAUUUUCCCAUACAAAAUCUUUCUCUCUCUCUUCCCAUCAAAUCCGAAUCUGUGGUUUCGUGGAACGCUGCAAGAAGAUAGAACUAUUAAUUGAUAUCAACUAGAUUACCACAAAAUCAAAAUACCCAGACGCGGAAACUCAAAAUUUUGCACAAAAAAUGAGUUCAUCAUCCAAGUCUGUGAGGAAGCUGGAGGUGGUAUCGCCAGUCCCAGCCGACAUCGAUAUUGCAAACUCAGUGGAACCCUUUCACAUCUCAGAGAUAGCCAAGGAUCUUAACCUCAUCCCCGACGACUACGACCUCUACGGCAAGUACAAGGCCAAGGUGUUGUUAUCAGUGCUGGAUGGUCUUCAAGGACGUGCAGAUGGGUAUUAUGUUGUGGUUGGAGGGAUUACUCCCACCCCACUUGGAGAGGGCAAGUCUACUACUACAGUUGGUCUCUGUCAAGCUUUGGGAGCUUUUCUUGAUAAGAAGGUUGUUACUUGCCUUCGUCAGCCAUCACAGGGACCAACUUUUGGAAUCAAAGGAGGUGCAGCGGGUGGUGGUUACAGUCAAGUGAUUCCCAUGGAUGAGUUUAAUCUUCACCUUACUGGGGAUAUUCAUGCAAUAACGGCGGCAAACAAUCUUCUCGCUGCUGCCAUUGAUACCCGAAUUUUCCAUGAGGCAAGCCAAUCAGAUAAGGCUCUCUUUAACCGUCUAUGCCCACCAAAUAAAGAAGGGAAACGGAGCUUUAGUGACAUCAUGUUUAGGCGUCUGAAGAAGCUUGGUAUUUCCAAGACCAAGCCUGAGGAUCUUACUCCAGAAGAAGUUAAGAAAUUCGCUAGGCUUGAUAUUGAUCCAGAUUCUAUCACAUGGAGGAGGGUUAUGGAUGUCAACGAUCGGUUCUUGAGGAAGAUCAGUAUUGGCCAGGGUCCUGAAGAAAAAGGUAUGGUGAGAGAAACAGGAUUUGAUAUUUCUGUGGCUAGUGAGAUUAUGGCAGUUUUGGCCCUCACGACAUCUCUAGCUGAUAUGAGAGAGAGGCUUGGGAAAAUGGUGAUUGGAAAUAGCAAGGCUGGGGACCCUAUAACUGCUGAUGAUCUUGGUGUUGCAGGCGCUUUGACAGUGCUAAUGAAGGAUGCAAUUAACCCUACUUUGAUGCAGACUCUAGAGGGUACUGCUGUCCUUGUUCAUGCUGGUCCCUUUGCAAAUAUUGCUCAUGGGAACUCAUCUAUUGUGGCUGAUAAGAUUGCACUAAAGCUGGUGGGACCAGGCGGUUUUGUGGUAACAGAAGCUGGUUUUGGUUCUGAUAUUGGAACAGAGAAAUUUAUGAAUAUAAAGUGCCGAUACAGUGGUUUGACACCCCAGUGUGCUGUAAUUGUGGCAACGAUAAGGGCCCUUAAGAUGCAUGGUGGUGGACCAGAAGUUGUUGCUGGGAAGCCUCUUGACCGUGCAUACGUAACUGAGAAUGUGGCUUUGGUAGAAGCUGGUUGUGUGAACCUGGCCAGACAUAUUUCAAAUACAAAGGCUUAUGGUGUGAAUGUUGUCGUUGCUGUGAAUAUGUUCUCGACGGAUUCAGAAGCUGAACUGAAUGCAGUUAGAAAUGCAGCAUUUGCUGCUGGGGCUUAUGAUGCUGUAAUUUGCACUCAUCAUGCACAUGGUGGGAAAGGAGCGGUUGACCUUGGCAUUGCAGUUCAAAGAGCAUGCGAGAAUGUGUCAGCCCCAUUAAAAUUUUUAUACUCCUUGGAUAUUAGCAUAAAAGAGAAAAUAGAAGCAAUAGCAAAGUCAUAUGGUGCCAGUGGUGUUGAAUACUCUGAGCAGGCUGAAAAGCAGAUUGAGAUGUACAGCAGGCAGGGGUUUUCUGGUCUUCCAAUCUGCAUGGCAAAAACACAGUACUCCUUUUCCCACAAUGCUUCUGAGAAGGGAGCCCCAACUGGAUUUGUAAUACCGAUAAGAGACGUGAGGGCUAGCAUUGGAGCUGGAUUCAUUUAUCCUUUGGUUGGAACGAUGAGUACAAUGCCCGGGCUUCCAACGAGGCCUUGCUUUUACGAAAUCGAUCUCAACACCACCACAGGAAAGGUUAUUGGUCUUUCUUGAAUUUCGUCGAAGCUCAUUGGGACUAGGUAUGGUUCUUAUCUGCUCUCUGAGGCAACCAUAUUAUUGAAAUUCAAAGAACAAGGGCUAGGUUAAAGAGCCCUUCACAUGGCAUUUCUCUGAAUUUUGAUCUGUUCCUGCACUUUCCCCACCUUGGUUUUGUUUGUGUCAACUGAAUAAUCUACCUCAUGAAUGAAGGGAAAGCACCUUUUUAUUUUUUGUUACUGUUCCUGCCGUUCCCUCUUCCUGGUGGUAUUAUGUAUGAACUAAGUAAUACACUUGAAUGAAGGGAAAGGAUCUUUUAUUUAUUUAUUUUAUUGUUUUUUUUUGUCAAUUAUAUGUAACAAAUGAUUCUUUUGAGGGCAUUUAAUAAAAUUAAGUGUUUAAUGUGUUAGAUAUUGAA